AUGUACGGAGUAGUGAAUAUGGAGAACAUGGUUGUGCCAGACCUCAACUGCGCUCCACCUGCAGAUGGAAUGGAUGAAGAUCCAGUAGUUGAAAUGGAUGAAGAUGCAGUACUUCAAAUGGAUGAAGAUGGAGGUGUUGAGCAAGCAGUUCAGAAAAGGGACAACCUUGAUGACAAGCAGAAGUAUGUUGCUUAUGUUGCAUUGCAUACACUGUGUAUGAGUAGAGGGGGCAAAUUUAACAAAGACGAUAAGAAAAAAGUGGCUGACUUUUUUGGAGUAGGUGUCUGGAAUAUUCAAAGAGUUUGGAAGAAAGUGAUGAGGCAAAUUGCACAAGGUUUGGAGGUUGACGUUUCCAGUCAGAGAAAAGGAAACUGUGGAAGAAAGGCAAAGGACAUCAACCUAGACCAAAUCCCUACAAUCCCUCUGAACAAAAGGUCUACCAUCUGGUCACUUGCUUGGCAACUUGGAUGCAACCCCACCACACUCCAUAGGAAGUUCAUGUUGAAGUUGAUAAAGAGGCAUUAAAAUUGUGUGAAACCAAUUUUGAACGAAAAGAACAUGAAGGAUAGAAUGAUUUUUUUCUUGUCAAUGCUCGAUGAGACAACAAUAGAAACUGGAAGGCCUAAAUUCCUCAAGACCAUGCACAACAUUGUGUAUAUUGACGAGAAAUGGUUCUAUAUGACAAAAAACAAGAACUAUUAUCUGCUCGAUGAGGAGGAAGAGCCUACAAGAACUAUACAAAGCAGCGCUAGCAUCGGAAAGGUCAUGUUCUUGACUGUCGUUGUUGUUUGGAAAGCAACUUAUCUAUAUUGAAGGCCCAAGGGGCAUAUAUAUAUUACACAUGACUUGAGGUGCAA